AUGCAGUUCAUGUUCACAGCACUCGUUGCUACGAGCGCUCUGUUAAUGAACGUUCGUGGUCUUCCAACACCGGAUGCCUCUAAACGAGAUCUAGUAGUACCUGUAGAUGUCGGCAUAGUUGGCUUAACGCCCCCCGAUACGACUGUGACCUGGGGCAAAGACAAGCGCGAAGCAGAUACGAACCCCGACUUAGUCGAUCUGGUCGACGGCGGCGUAAUCGGACUAACGCCUCCCGACACAACUACCACGUGGGGCAAAGACAAGCGGGGUCCAGAUCUAAUCGUUCCCGUCGACGGUGGCAUUGUCGGCCUCACCCCUCCAGACACUACUGUCACUUGGGGAGACGACACCGUUACAUCCACAACAACGAUCGAAAAAGAGAAACGCGACCCGGAUCUGACCGUACCAGUCAGUGGCGGCAUUAUCAGCCUCACUCCCCCAGACACAACCGUUACCUGGGGUGACGAUACCACCGGGGAUAUCUCAACAACCGCUAUUGAGAAAGACAAGCGGGACCCUCAAGACCCAGCUCUGAGCACACCGUCUUCGACAGUCACUUGGGGAUAGGACAAGCGAGAUGUCUAAAACCCUGCACUGGUGUCUUGGUCCGGUCUCCCAAACUAUCUCGUAGUCUGGAGGAAGCCCCACAGCUUCGGAGAGCUCGAGCUCCUGCUUCUGCAUGAACGCGCCUGUAGGGGGUUAUUGUGAAUACUGUCAUCAGAUUAGGGAGCCGGGUCUCGUGGAACCCGUAUCAUUGCGGUACUGGGGGAGCGUGUACGAGCUUGGGGUUUAGCGUUAAGCGUGUUUCGAGUAGAUCGGAGUGUCCGAUUUAGUGUUGGUUAUUUCAUACCCGGGCAGGUUUAUAGUUCCGUGUUCUUUCUCGUUAGCGCGAACAAGU